AAUUGAGUAUCAUUGCAAUCGACUCUCUCUUCUUCUUGACACUAAUCGUUUGUUUUUAUAUAGAGGGGGAAGCAUCGUACAGAGUCAGAUCGAAGUACGCAUCGCUUCUUACGAACAGUGUAUAAACAUAAAUAUAGCGGACAUAGAAUCUGAAUAGGUAAAAUAAGAAAGUAGCGAGUGCUUUAACCACACUCUACCGCGUUCACCAUGGCGCAAGAGCAAACUGCCGAUUCCUGGGAAGAUAAUCUGAUCGAUGAGACCCAGAAUAUGAAUAUGCAGGGCCAGAGGGAAAAUCAGCAACAUUACCAACAACGGCAACAACAGGGUGGUUUCAAUCCCAAUGUGCAGUCGUUCAACCCUGGAGCCGGUACGUUUGUGCCGGGUGGCGUAUACCAGCCACCACAGCAGCAAUACUACCAACCUCAACAGGGGUAUGAUCAAGGCCAAUACAACCAAUACCAAGGCAAUAAUCAGUACCAGGGCCAGGGUAACAAUCAACAGUACAACCUGCAGUACAAUAGCAACCAACAGUAUAACCAAGGUGGUCGUGGAGGGUACCAAGGAGGCUCGCAGCGAGGAGGCCGAGGAGGCUACUAUGGGUCCAGACCCCCACAGCAACAACAAUACCAGCAGCAACCGCCGCAGCAACAGCACCAAGAGCCUGUGCAGUACAGGGAACCACAGGAACAGCCACGCCAACCAGCCCCGGAGAAGGCCCUGGCACCUCCCAAGCAGGACAAGCCCGACCAGCAGGAGUCUAAGCCUGUGGCUAAGAAGGAGGACAAGAAGGAGUCCAACCCGGCUGUGAUCAGCACGAGCAGUACCAAGGACGACAAGAAAGAGGAUAAGAAGGAAGAAAAAAAGGAAGAAAAGGAGAGCAAAAAGUCGGGCCCGACUUCCGGACCGGCGCACAAUCUGCAGUCAUCCUCGGCCACGGACAAGCCGAAGAAGGCGAUCCGCCAAGACCUGGGUAUUGAGCAUCUCAAUCUGGUAUUUAUCGGCCAUGUUGACGCGGGUAAGAGUACUAUUGGCGGACAGAUUAUGUUUAUCACCGGUGGGGUCGAUGCGCGUACGCUGGAGAAGUACGAGAAGGAGGCGGCGGAGGCCAACAGAGGCACGUGGUAUUUGGCUUGGUGCAUUGAUACCAACCAGGAGGAGCGAGACAAAGGUAAAACUGUUGAAGUCGGACGCGCCAAUUUUAUGACCGAGAAGAAAAAGUUCACUGUGUUGGAUGCUCCCGGCCACAAAAGUUUUGUGCCAAAUAUGAUCAGCGGUGCUGCUCAGGCCGAUAUUGCUAUUCUGGUCGUGUCUGCGCGAAAAGGAGAGUUCGAGGCUGGUUUUGACCGUAGUGGGCAGACCCGAGAGCAUGCAAUGUUGGCCAAGACCGCUGGUGUCAAGCACCUGGUUGUAUUGGUAAACAAGAUGGACGACCCCAGUGUGGGCUGGGAUGUGGAGCGCUACAAACAGAUCUGCAGAGACAUCUCACCGUUCCUGAAGAAAUGUGGAUACAGUCCCAAGAUGGUGCACUUCAUGCCCGCGUCCGGUCUGACCGGUCUGAACAUCAAGGAGCCCAUUCCCGCAGGCCAGUUCGACUUCUACAAGGGACCCCCUCUGCUGCAGUAUCUCGACGAUCUACCCUCCAUUGAGCGAUUGAACGAGUGGUUUGUGCGCAUGCCCAUCAACGAGCGCUUCAAGGAUAUGGGCACUCUCGUUAUGGGCAAGCUCGAGUCUGGUGUGAUCGAGAAGGGCGACAAGCUGGUGUUGAUGCCCAACAAGAUCGACGUGGAAGUGACUGAAAUCUACGAUGACGAAGGCGAGGUCGACUUCGCCUCUGCUGGAUCCAACAUCCGCAUUAAGCUGAAGGGUGUGGAGGAGAGCGACAUCACCAUUGGCCACGUGCUGUGUGCACCUGAGUCUCUGUGUCCUGUAGUGAGCGAGUUUGAUGCACAGAUUGUGCUGCUUGAUGUCGAGCAUAUUGUUGCGGCUGGAUUUGACUGUGUGGCGCACGUGCACGCUACUGUCGAGGAGGUUCGCUUCAAGGCUCUCAUCGCUACCAUCGACCGUAAGACGGGUAAGAUCGACCAGAAAAAGCCUCGGUUCGCCAAGCAAGACCAGAUCAUUGUCGCACGUCUCGAGUGCACCACCGGUGUGCUGUGCAUGGAGCUGUUUAAGACACUUCCCCAGAUGGGUCGCUUCACCCUACGUGAUAAAGGAAAAACGAUUGCGAUUGGAAAAAUCAUGAAAUUGAUCGCAUAGAUGCCGAACGCGCAAACUUGAUCUGUACAAAUCAAUGCCGAGUUUCAGCCCCAUUCCGAACCAGUCCCAUCUAGUUAGGAUUUCCUAAUAAAUGUUUUAUUGUGUCUUCCCUA